AUGGCCAAAACAUUCCCACUGUGGCGAUUUACGGCCCACGGAAAUCUCGAAUCACAGUCAGGUGGUCCAGGUUACAUUGAGAUCUACGAAGGUCCUCCAAUGGCAUUCAAGAUUCGCUAUGCACUUCAGGACUCUGAUUCCAACAGCUGCAAAAUUCCUGUUUUCAACAAAUACGUCACCAUCCCUUCACCGCUGUUCAGCAUGAGAGUUGAAACCGAAAAGCUUUCCAGCAUCGAAGGUACCAGCGCUCUCGGACUGCUCCUAAGCUCUCUAUUCGCAGCUCUUGCACCCAUCAGCUUCUGUCAACUCGCUAUUCAGACCCUUCCAUUCGGCGUCAGGAUCGAGAAAAGCACGACUCCGUCCUCAACUCAACCCGACAUCUCUAGCAUGCUAGAAACCCGCUUUACGCCGGAUGCCAGCCAGCAAAUGCGCGAUAACAUCGCUGCGCAGACCAUUGUGGUGAGAGCCUCGCUCAAAAAGCCGGGAAGUACUCGCAAGGGCCUUUAA